ACCGUCACCAUCACCGGCGCGUUGUGGGUUGAUACUUUAGCUGACGUUCUGCAGGUCGUCGUACCCCAGGUCUUCGCAGCGCAUUUCGCUCGUGGACUAUUAUCUUCGACACGUCCAGGUCGCAUCUUAUUUGUACUUCGCCAGUAUAACUUUCGCGUUGAUACAGGUUCAGCAACAUUCAUCUUGAGGCCAUACGGAUACUGCAGUCUCCGAAUCUAGCACUAUGCCAGUGCCGGAUGUGCGGCUCCUCGCGUCUGCGGUGCUUGCUGCGACGGCGGCCGCGAGCUUUCUUUUGAAUGCGCUCGCCGGGCCAAGCAGAGAGCGUGGAAUCAAGCUGCCUGACUGUGAUGGCGCGCUUGCUGCAGAGUUGCCUGCUGGUGGCAGCUUGAAUACGAGGGAUCGUGAUCCGUUCGAUGUGACGCGCGCGGAAGACGCGGUUGAGGGGUAUCCUGUUGAUGAGGAUCGGUUUUGGGCGAAGACUCGGCUUUGGAAGACGGCGCUGGCUACAGUUCUUGCACUCAUUCUCGUGCUUCGAGCCGUGUGUUUGGGAUGGACGAUCACCAAUUCGAACCGGGACCGCGCUGAGCAGCAGCAAGAAACCACCGUGAACGCGCUGCUGACCGCAUACGCGCUAUACACCGCGCUCUUCGCCGUCCGCUCCGUGGGCCACUCCGCCAGCGCGGACGUGCAAAAGCACAGCAACGCGGUGGCACACCUCGCCGUCCUGACCGCGCUCCCCUUCGUCCUGCUCGCGGUCAUCGCCGUGCUCACGGGCGUGCUGUCCGCGACGUCGGCCAUCGUGGCCCUCCUGGACGGCGCAGCGCUCGUGCUGCACCUCAUGGCGAUGCUCAUGGCGUGGUCGAUGCCGCUCGGGCCGCGCCGCUAUACUUCCCGCCCCGCGAUAUUUACUACGAGAAGGCCGCUGCCGGGCUUCAAGCCGGCGAGGAGCGGGCGCAGGCGCAGGAGAAUGUAUGCGGAUAUGUGACACAGUCCAUCUGGGCGCGUCUGCUCUUUUCGUACACGCACGGGGUCGUCAUGCUCGGCCAUCGUAGCUCUGCUGGUCCGGACAGCGCGCAAAGCGGGUUCGAGAUUGUGGAUCUUCCUGUGCUCCCGCUCAGCAUGCGCGCGUCGUACCUCUAUACGAGGAUGCGCCGUGCUGUGACGACAACGACGACUAAGCCAGGGUCGGGGUGGAGUCUUGGUUGGCGCCUCGUACGCGUUAACGUGGGUGCGGUCGUUGUGCUGCUGGUGCUCACGGCUGUUUCGGCGGUGCUGCGGUAUAUGCCUGCGUUGUUCGUAGAGCACAUCGUUGGGUAUCUCGAGUCUGAUCCUGAGAGGAAGGACAGGCGGUUGGGGUGGACGUAUGCCCUCGGUUUGGCGGUGGCUACGUAUGCGCAUGUUAUAGUGUCGAACCAGGUCAUGUUCUUCAGCUCGUCAAUCCUCCAGAGCCGUCUGCGUCUUGAGCUUAACACGAUUCUCUUCCACAAGACGCUGACGCGAAAAGAUCUCGCGUCGUAUGGUGCCGCGUCUGGUCCCUCUGGCUCAGACUCGGAGGAACAAGGCGAAGAGCUCGCGAGCAAGGCGGAAGUCAUGACGCUCAUGACGAGCGACGCGGAUCGCAUUGGCGAGUGUGCAAGGAGCAUCAACACGCUUGUAGACGUACCCAUCCAGAUCGUCGUUGGCACGCUUCUUCUCUACAAGUUGCUCGGCGUCUCGAGCCUCAUCGGCCUCGUUUGCGCGUUCGCCUUCCUGCCCUUGAACCAGCUUAGCUCUGGGAUCGUAAUGCGCGCGCAAAAGACACUUAUGAAGUCGAGGAGCGAGCGCGUGUCCUUGAUGAAUGAGAUUCUGGGUGCUAUCCGGAUGCUGAAAUUUAUGGCCUGGGAGCGAAGUUAUGAGCACAAGGUUCUCAAGGUCAGAGAGCGGGAGUUGAAGGCGCAGAAGUUAACAUACAUGAUUGAGGUCUGCCUCAGCGUCAUACUGGAUGGAUCUCCUAUUGUGGCCACGCUUGUUGCGUUUUGGCACUUCGCCUUCGUCAGGCAGCAAACUCUGGCCCCGUCUAUUGCGUUUGCUUCGAUUCUCGUUUUCAACGAAAUGAAGAUUGCGUUGUAUCUGCUCCCCAACUUAUUUGUCGGUCUACUCCAGGCAUUCGUAUCCCUCUGCCGCAUCGAGAGAUACCUCGCUGGCACGGAGGUACCGCUCCCCGACUCUGCCAGCCAACCGGAGCAGAUUUCGCUUUGCAAUGCAUCCAUCACCUGGCCCCGAGGACGCGGUGCUAUCGAUAGCAGACGUAGCCAGUUCACGUUGACUGACCUAUCGUUCGAGCUCCCGCCCGGCGAGCUGUCACUUAUCUGCGGGAAGCUUGGAAGCGGGAAAACGCUGUUGUUGCUUGGGCUGCUUGGGGAAGCGGACGUUGUGGCGGGACAGGUUUUGUGCCCGCGAUCUACCCCUAAUGCACUAGCUUCCAUGAGUCACGGCCUGCCUAUCGAAAGAGAAGAAUGGGUUGUCAAGGGCGUUUGUGCUUAUGUUCCGCAGGUCGCAUGGCUCCGCAAUGCUUCGAUCAAAGACAACAUCCUGUUUAAUCUGCCAUUCGAUGAAGAGCGCUACCAAAAGACCCUUGAGGUUUGUGCUUUGACGGCAGACCUACAGAUCUUGGAAGACGGCGAUGAGUCUGAGAUUGGCGAAAAAGGGAUCAACCUCUCGGGCGGUCAAAAGGCACGAGUGUCCUUGGCAAGAGCGGUAUACUCCCGAGCCUCGGUAGUCUUGUUGGAUGAUGUAUUGUCUGCAGUCGAUGCGCAUACUGCAUACCACCUCUACAACCAGUGCCUCAAGGGCGAGCUGAUGCAAGGCAGGACAAUCGUACUCGUCUCGCACAACGUUCAGCUAGCUUCUUCCGGUGCUAGCUAUGUUGUUGCACUUGAUAACGGCCGCGUCGCGUUCAGGGGCGAUACCAACGCUUUCCGUUCGUCAUCUAUCAUGAGUCAGUUGGCUCAUGCAGAGAUUCUGGAUGAGUCCGAAACGGCCAGCGAUGACAAGGAAGAUCAGCCGAUGGACACAGGUGCUCAGGGUAAAAUCACAGACACAAGCAAAGUCAAACCAGAACAAGGGCAUAUCAAAACUCCUCGUAAGCUCGUCCAAGACGAGAAGCGUGCACAAGGCCGCCUCGGACGCAAUAUCUGGGGGAUAUACAUGACAGCGUGCGGCGGCUCGUUUUACUGGGCUGUCUUCUUCCUGGUAUUUAUCUGCGCGGCUCUGAUACCGGUUGCCGAGAAUUGGUGGUUGAAGACAUGGUCGGGCUCGAGUGAAGGUGCCAUUGAGGAAAAAGGAGUAAUUUAUUACCUCAAAGUCUACGCUGCUAUCACGCUUGCAGGUCUGGUAUUCAGGGUAGUACCCGACUAUGUGGUGUUUACUGGCGGGAUCACAGCUUCUACAAAACUUUAUAAACGCAUGCUGGAAUCAGUUUUGCUUGCUAACAUCCGUUUCCAUGAUACCGCUUCUCGUGGCGUUCUUUUGAACAGGUUCGCAAAAGAUUUUGAAGUUCUCGACAGCGUGCUGCCAGGGGACUUCGGGCGUAUAUUCCUAUUUGGACUCGCAUCAUUGACUACGAUUGUCGUUGUCAUAACGGUUGGAGGCUGGGUGUUCCUGAUUGCUGCAUGUUUGGUUGGAUACAUGUACUGGCAAGUUGCCAAACUCUACGGAAAGACGGCACAAGAUAUCCGCCGCCUAGACUCAGUGGCUCGCUCGUCGCUAUACUCAAUCUACGGAGAGACAAUUGCAGGAGUCACUGUCAUCCGUGCAUUCGGCGCCUCAUCAAAGUUCUUGCGGGAUAUGAUGCGUUGUGCCGAUACUAAUGCCAAUCCAUUCUUUUGGACGUGGGGUGUGAACCGAUGGCUGUCAUCCCGGUUCUAUCUCCUCGCGGGAACCAUGGUUGCCUUGACUGGCUUUGCUGCAGUGCUUUCACCACAAAUAUCCGCACCGUUGGCAGGGUUUUCCCUUGCUUUUGCUGCUGGUAUUUCGUCGAACCUCUAUUUCUUUGUGCGGAUGUACACGGCGGUGGAGCAGUCACUGGUUGCUCUCGAGCGAGUGGAUGAGCUCAGCAACAUUGAGCCCGAGUCCCCCGAGAUCCUGGAGUAUCGGCCAUGUGCGUCAUGGCCUGACCGUGGCUCCGUGGUCUGCGAAGAUCUGGCCAUCCGAUAUGCUCACGAUUUACCUAACGUCCUGCAUCGCCUGAACUUCGAGGUGAAGCCCGGUGAAAAGAUUGGUAUCCUCGGGAGAACUGGCUCCGGAAAGAGCACCCUGGCUUUGUCAUUGUUCCGCUUUGUCGAAGCCACCGAGGGUCGGAUUGUCAUUGAUGGCGUGGAUAUCUCCAAGAUUGGUCUAACUGACCUGAGGAGUAGACUCACUAUCAUUCCGCAGGACCCUACGAUCUUGAGUGGGACAUUGCGUUCAACACUCGAUGUCUUUGGCGAGUAUGAUGACGCGGACAUUUACGAGGCUCUCAAACGGGUUCAUCUUAUACCCUCUGUUCACCAAUCGGAGGCAGAGACUGAUGAUUUGGAAGCUAUCAAUGCGAAUGCUUUCCGUAAUCUUGACUCCCUAGUUUCUGAAGGCGGCGACAAUUUCUCAGCCGGAGAAAAGCAGCUGAUUUGCAUGGCUCGAGCAAUCUUAAAACACUCACGGGUUCUGGUUAUGGAUGAGGCUACAGCUAGUGUGGACUAUGCAACCGACGAACUUAUCAGUAAGACCAUCAGAGAAGAAUUCUCCUCAAGUACGAUUUUGACCAUCGCCCAUCGUCUGAGGACUGUCAUAGACUACGACAAGGUAAUGAUCCUCAAUGACGGCCACAUCGUGGAGUUUGAUAGGCCCUCGGCACUUCUCAAUGAUAAAACUUCAAGCUUUUACUCACUGUGCAAGGCAACCGGAGAAAGCGAGUUCAAUGCUCUAAAGAAGAUGAUUGGCAUGUGAAAUUAAUCUCCAUAUAUAGGGUCUUCGCCAUGUUUCAGCUUCAUGAUUUUGAUUAUCGCAGACUUACUUUUCGUUAAAUCUUAUGCUUGAGCAGUUACUACAUUCUCUCUC